UGACGUCAAUUCCGGAGCCCAGGCUUCUUUACUCCAAAAUUUCGAAUAUUUUGAUGUGGCACAGGUACAUCAAACAUGGCGGAAGUUAUCACAAAUCUACACGUUUUGGUCAAUCAGUAAGAGAUAUUUACAUAAAAAGUUGUCAAACGGUUGCUGAACAUCAAAAGUUUCAUUCGGAGGGACAUAAUGGCUGAAUCUAUCACACCAACAAAAAUGGCUGGAAAGUUAGAUACUCUUCCCAAGGAAGAAUUGAUAAAAUAUGUCAAAAAACAAGCAAACCAGAUGAAAGAUCUCAAAAGGAAAAAUGAAGACUUGACUAUAACAGUGAAGCACCAAAAAGAACAGAUGGAAAAGUUAGAACAAGAACAAAAAGCUUGGAUUUCCAGGGGAGUGUCAGCUGAAUUUGAGAAGAAGGAAGAGCUGGAAAAGAAAGAAAGGGAAUUGCAAAUAGCAGCCCAACUUGGCCAACAAAUGUUGCAAGAAAAUGACAAACUUAGAAACAGAUGUAUUGAGUUGGAAGAAGAAAACAAAUUGAUGAGAGAGGAAAUGAGUAUUGAAAUUGCUCGGUUAGAUGGAGAGAAAGAGACAGUAGAUCAAACAUUGGUAAUGGUGCAGUCUGAGUACAAGCAAGCUAAAAUGGAAGCUCAGCAACUGAAAGAUGCCUUAGAAUUGGCAGCUGCAGAUCAUGAUAAGGAACAUGAAAGAUGGGAGGAAGAAACCCAAAAACUGAAGGAAGCUAUAAUGGAGCUGCAAAAAGGUACUUUUAGUGGAACAUCAGCUGAGACCAGCCACAGCAAUUCAGAACUGAACGAAAUUAAUAAGGCCUUGCAGACAAAGAUUGAUGAGCUGCAAGAGCAGCUUGACUCAUUUGCAAAGCAGGAAUGUGCCGCUGGGGAAACCAUUGCCGAAAAUCAGGAACUUAGGACAAAAUUGGAGGCAGACAGUGUGGAAAUGAAGGCACAGAAUGAGUCACUUAAUUUUUUAAGAAAGAAAUGUGAUGAACUUGGUGCCAAAAAUGAGGAACUUCAUCAAUAUGUGAAUAUGCUCAGUACAGAAAGAAACGAAAGCAACACAUAUUCAAAGCAACUUGAUGAGGAAAUAAAAAAGCUGAAGGAAGAGAAAGACAAGAUGGCACGGUCAGUAAAAACGGCCAAAGGGAAGCUGGAGAAGGCUGCCACUCAUGAAGAGGAGCUAAAAGCCCAAUUGAAUUCCUUUCUGACUGAGAAAAGUGAGCUUCAGUUGAUGGUGAAGAACUUGCAGCGUGAAAAGAAAACAAUAAUGCAGUCGAAUAAAAAACUGAAAGAGAAGAUGAAAAUGAAUUCUGGUAGGCGGCCGUCAUUGGAAGAAAUGAAUGGAGACCAGAAUUUGCAAGUAGAGAACGAAGAAUUGAGAAAAGAAAUAAAUUCUUUGAAAAUGAAACUUGAGAUUGAAGAAGGAGAAAUUGGCAGUUUAGAAAACGUGGUCAAGGAUUUGACGAAACAAAAAGUUGACAUGAUCAAAGAGUUUGAAAUCAUUAAGGAACGGCUGAUUGAUACAGAAAAAGAUCUGACGAAAAGAGAAUUAGAAAAUGAGGAUGAUAAAGCGUCGUCUUUGAAGCUUCAAUCAAGAGUUGACGAACUUCUUUCUACUCUGCAGUCUCUAAACGAGGAAAAAAUGCAUCAGGAAAGUGAAAUUGAGGAACUGUUUAAAACUCACGACGAACUUCAGGUCAAAUAUGACAAUGAAUGCCGAAGUAAAAUGGAAAGCGAGCAGAAAGUCAAGAACCUUGAAGAACAGUUAGAAAAGCAAGAGAAAUCUCUUGAGGUUUUGAAUGAAGAGCUGUCACUGUUAAAGUCAGGUGGAGAGUUAAAAAUUACUAGAGAUGUAGAGGUCAACACUCAACAGGACUGCGCGGAAGUUUGUGAAACGUCUACUUUGAAAGCUGAGAUAGCAGAAAAGUGUCAAAUUAUAAUCGAAUUGAAUUCAAAAAUACAGGAGAUGGAGGACGAAUUGGAAACUGAAAGGCAGGAAAUAAAGAUUUUGCAAUCAAACUUUAGAGAAAAAGUUUCGUCUGUAGAAGAAUUCGAAGAGAAUGAAAAGCAAAUUGCUAAUAUUAAUGAAGAGAGUAAACAAGAAAUGGAAUUUCUUAGAGCUGAGCUGGAAGAUUUGCGAAGGACCCUCUGUGAAAAGCAAAGCUUCGAGGAAGGUAAUUCGGGCGUUCAUUCUCUCCAGGAAGAAAUCGACAGAUUGAGGCUUACUUUGAAUGAAAAAGAGGCAGCUAUUAAAUGUGUUGAAAAGGAUAAAUGUGAAAUAUUGGAAGAGUUGAGAGAAUUAAAGGGUAGUUAUGACUGUCUAACAGCAAAGAAAGAAGAACGCGAUCAUGAUGCUGAAAGACUUGAAGAAGAAAAGAGAGAAUUACUUGAGGAGAUUGAAAAAUUAAGUGAAAAUGUCAAGGAAAAGGAUGCUGCAAUAGGCAAUCUCGAGAGUGAGUUGGAUGCGGUAAAAGCUAAAGAGUCUAAUUUAGUAGAUGAAGUAGCCAAAUGGAAGGGACUGGCGGAAAAGGAUGAUCAGCGAAAUUCAAAUGAGCCCGAUAAGUACAAAAAAGGUUAUAAGAAGAUCAAAGAAAAGUUCAACGAAGUUGGAGCGUUAAAUGAGAAACUCAAGCAAGAAAUUCAGGCAAAGAAUGUUGAGUUAGAAGAGCUGAAAAAAGGCGUGACAGACCGAAUGUCGACUUCGCAGAAUUUAAAUGGAGGCAUGUCUGAAGAGACUGAAAAUAGCAAGUAUUCUGAAAUCUUAAAUGAAAAGAUUCUAUUGAUAACCCAGUUGAAAGAUGAGCUGAAGAUGUAUAAAGAGGCUAGUGGGUGUGAAGGUGCUUUAACCGAGAAAAACGAAGUGCCUGAGAAGGAUGGGUCAAUUGAGGGUUUAAACGCCGAGACAAUGAAACAAGCAAAAAAGACCGAAGAUGCUAGUCAGCUAAGCGCAGAAUGUGGAGCAUACGAGCAAAAGUGUUCGGGUCUGGAAGCAAAAGUAGAGCAACUCACACGGGAAAAUGAAGAGGUAGAAAAAAUACUGGAGAAAGUAAGAAAAGAAUUAGGUAACCGUGAUAUGUUGUUGAGAGAAUCUAAACUGGAAGGGGAGGAGUUGAGAAAGAAGGCUGACGAAUUAAUUAAAGUUGAAGAGCACGUAGAGAACCUGUCGAGAUCGAUAGAUGAAGAACGAAGAAAAUUCAGUCAUUUAGAAGAGGAGAAACGUAAAAUUGAAAUUGAAAACAAUGAUAAUUCUUUAAUAAUCAAAGAACUAAAAGAAAAUAUAAAGGAGAAAGAAAAUAAUAUCGUAGAUUUAAAAAAUCGAGUCCAAGUACUUGAAGAUUUAGAUAAAGAAAAUGAUAAAAAUAAGGAAAAUGAAUUUCUGAAAGUAAAGAAGACGAUAGAGGAUCUUCAAAGAAGAUUGGAAGGGACUUUAAAUGAAAUUGAGAUGCAAAAGACGGAGCUUCAAGAAAAGCAGACAAAAAUUAUUGACCUAGAAAACAGACUGCUAAAUUUAGAGGAGCAUUGCAGCUCACAACAAGUAGAAUUUGAUGCAGAAAAAACCCGACUAAAGCAGUGUGUGAAAGAUAACGAGCUACUGCUGUCAGAAAAAGAGGAAUUAUCUAUUAGAUUAUCAGAAAGAAUCUCUUCACUUGAAGAAAAGGAGAUUGAAAUGGAGAAAUAUCUGAGGAAUGAAACAGAGAAAUUUGAAUAUGAAUUGAAAGUAUCAAAAGAAGAGGGCGAUCAAGUUAUAGAGUUAAAAAAUGAACUUGAAAUUGUUAAGUCUGCAUUUGAUGAGCAAGAUAGAAAGAUUAAAGACUAUGAAGCACUUAUAAAAGAAAAAGAUGAGAGUUUAAGCAUUGCUAAAGAGGAGCUUGCCAGUGCGAGUAUUGUGUCCGAAAAAGAAUCUAUGGCUAAUAACAGUGAAAAGGAAAAGAUGGUUGCCCUUGAUGAGGAGAUAAGAAAGGCGCGUGAAAAAAUUGUCUCAUUGGAAACCAGUAACAAACAAAUGACAGACAAGGUGUCAAAAUUCAAAUCAGUGGCGAUAAAGGCUAAAAAGGAAAUCGAUUCUGUGAAGGAAAAGACAUCUAAUGAAAAGCAGCAGUUGGAAGACACAAUUUUGGCUCUGAAAAAGGAUAUCCAGUGUCACAAAGAUGAGUUUGAAAAUCAAAGCAGUGAUCUUGCAAGCUUGAAGCAAAAAUAUGAGGAAGUCAUGAAAGAAUUGAAUGAAAUGACAGAAAAUGCAGAUAAAGAAAGCAACAGAUGUUUCGAGUAUGCAGAGCAGAUUAAGACUUUAUCAGCUGAAGUCGAUAAACUGCAAGUUUCAAUUGCCUCACUUGAAAAUCAGAAGGCCAGCCUCGAAGUGAUCCUGAAAGAAAAGGAAGAGUCUUCUAUUGCACUUGCAUCACAACUGAACGAGGUAAAAGGCGAGAAAAGCAGGACGGAUCAGCUUUUGAUGCAAGAAAAGGAAAGUCAUGAAGCAAUCAAAACCUCGUUAGCUAAAACCCUGGAAGUGUUUGAAAUCGCGAAGAAAAAUGUUCAUCAAAUGAAGAUGAUUAGUUUAGAAAUGGAAGACUACCAGAGAACAGUAGAAUCAAUGCAAGCCAAACUGGCUGAUCGCGAGAAUGAAUGUGAAAUGUCAAACAAGCAGAUCAAAGAACUGCAAAUACAGAUCGAAGAUCUAAACAAACAGAUAGCGUCUUUAGAAGAUACAAACAACAAUAUCAGCCAACAGAUAACGAAUCUUACAUCACAACUACUUCAAAGAGAGGACGAAUUAGCAAAACUAUUGAUCGAGAAACAAGAAUUAGAAAGUAAAGAGAAUGGGUUGAAGCAAAAUAUCGAGGAUGUAUCGAGAAAAUGUGAAGAAGGGAUGAUUCAAAUAUCGGAAUUGACAGCAGAGAGAGAAAAGGCUUUGCUGCAGCUGAAGAAAGAGAAGGAUGCUCACCAGAAAGACGUACAAUCUGCUGAACUGAAAUUUUCUAGAGCGAGUACAGAAUUAAGCUUACUGCAAGAAGCGUACAAUAACUGCAAACAAGAAUUCGAAAGCUACAAAAUACGAGCACAGAAUGUUUUGAAGCAACAGAAAAUGAAGAAUACCGAUAAUGGUGAAUCCCAUUCGGCUCAAGACAGAUCGAGGCUCGAGGAUACUUUAAAUCAGUUAAAAGAGAGGCUGGUAGAAGCGAACACAAAACUAACGUCGACAACAUUCGAAAAUGAGGAGUUGGAAGCUGAACACGAGAAACUACAAAGAAAUUACGACAAACUUGUUGAAGUUACAAACUCAAAAGAGCAUGAAUGGAGAAACAGGUUUGCCGAACUUCAAAAAGGAUCAACAAAGCAACUUGCUGAAAAUGAGGAUAAAAUUGCAAGCUUAUCCCAAGAAAACGAUUCUUUGAAAACGAAGCUCAAAGGUAACGAAGAGUAUGAAGCAAUGGCUCAAGAUUACGAGAAGACAAUAAAGGAAUUGCAAGAUCAAAUACGAAAGAUGCAAAAGAGUCCAAAACGAGUGAGCAGCAAAGACAAAAAGACACAUGUCUCAGAUGGAAGUGUGAAAGAGCAUAAAGGAACACCGGAAAAAUUAAAGCUGUCCUUUGAAAAUACCACUGAAGGGUCAAACGGGCUUGUGGAGCGGCCUGGGGCCGAGGGAAUGGAUUCAAGUGAACUAGAAGCCAUUGACAAGUCAUCAUUGCCCGCCACACCAGUUUCAACAGAGGCCGUAAACAUUCUAGAAAGGAUUUUAUCGCCGACGGAGCAGCAGACCCAAAUACUAUGGCCAACGUCUCCAACAGCCGCUAAGGAGGAGGGCCUGAAACUACGCUCCACGCUAGCAACAGCGGAAAAGAAUGUUGAGCAUCUUUCAGUUUUACUGGCCGAGACUGAGGGGAGCAAUGUUCGGUUAUCUGAGCAAAUAAAAGUAUUAAAGACGGAAAUUAGACGCAUGCAAAAAAAUCAGGAACGAGAAGAAGCACUGAGCAAUCUCGAGUACCUUAAAAAUGUCAUCAUCAAAUUCAUGAAAUGUGGUGCAACUGAGAGAGAGUGUAUGGUCCCAGUCUUAACUACGAUGCUCAAACUGAACCAAGAAGAGAAGCAGUUUAUUACCGAAUUUGCCAAAGGUGAAGCUGAUCAGGGGGAAGAUCCUUCCGGCUGGUCCAGUUAUGUUUACAGGUGGACAUCGUUCUCAUAAAAAGCCAUUCAAUGCCUUUUGCGAUAAUAGAAUAAGAAUAUUCUAGUAAAGGUCUAUGGAACUUGUGAAACAUUUCAUUUUUCUUAGUUCGUUUCUUUUUUCCAUAGAUCAUGCUUUUUACACAACCCUAUUUUUAAUACUCAUCACUGACACAAUGCAUAAUAUUAGAUUUUUAGACAAGAUAGAUGAUUUUUGAAACAUCCACUUUUACUGACUGAAAAGGGUCUUAGAAAUAUUUUUAGAUAAUCGAUUCAUUUUUACAUCCUUUCCUUUUCUUUACAAUUAGAAUGCAAUUAUUAGUGUAGCUGAUAACAUUUCAGAUUCAAGUGAAUAACAAUUCUCCCUUUAAUUCAAUUAAGAGUUCAAUUUUUCUUUUAUUUUGACUGUCCCAAUUGUUGCCUCCGUUGUCAUUUAGCUGUCCAGGCCCAGGGCGUGGAGUUUUUGCCAUCUAGGUGUGCUUAGUUGGCAAAUUUCCAAACUUGUCGGCAAAUAAGGAGUGGCUCACCAAUAAACUUUUUCGGCAAAUUUUUUUUUCGGCAAAUGGGACUUGGAAACCCCUCUUGAGCACAAUAGCUAGCGACGAGCCUAGAACUGACCUCGAACAGAAUUAAACCCACCCCCAAAAACACUUUAAAGGUUGGGUUUUUGUACAUCUCCCUUUGGCUUAAUCGACAACAUUUUUUCUUUAUUUAUUUCGAAUCUAUUUAUUUUACUUUGUGAUCGCUUCCAUAUUGAUAGAUUAAUAAUUUCGUUCACAAUUCCGCAGCAACCUGUUGCUUUGUAUGUUAGAUAAAUAGUAAUUGAAAUAUUUCAUUUUUGAAAUAUUUAUAAUAAUAAAUAAGCCGAAAUUGAAUGAAAGAGUGCAGUUGUAAGAUAUUUUCCCUAUCGGAUAGUAAAUUGUCAUUAUUAAUUGUUGACGUAAAUUACUGGUGACGAGAAAGUAA